AUGGCGGAUUCAGAUAACGAGUCCGGAGGACACAGAAAUGACAACAGCGAGCUUUCUCUAAAAGAGCAAGACCGUUUUCUUCCAAUCGCAAACGUGAGUCGGAUCAUGAAGAAAGCUUUGCCGGCGAACGCGAAGAUCUCCAAGGACGCGAAAGAGACGGUACAAGAGUGCGUUUCGGAGUUCAUAAGCUUCAUCACAGGGGAGGCCUCCGAUAAGUGUCAGAGAGAGAAGCGAAAGACGAUCAACGGCGACGAUUUACUGUGGGGCAUGACGACAUUAGGGUUCGAAGAGUACGUGGAGCCAUUGAAGGUUUAUUUGCAGAGGUUUAGGGAUUUGGAAGGUGAGAAAACAGCGAUGGCUGGUCGGCAAGAGAAGGAAGGAGGAGUUAGUGGUGGUGCGAAUGGCACUGCUGUAAAUACAGGGAAUAGUGGGGGUGGAUUUGGUGAGAGUGGCAUGUAUGGUGGCAUGGCUUCAAAUAUGAUGAUGAUGGGGCAUCCUCCUCAUCAGCAAGGACACGUGUACGGGUCCACGGGUUAUUCCCAGAUGGCUGUUAGUGGACCUGGAAUUGGAAAGGUCGGAUCUGGUUAUCUUGGAUCCGGGUCUCCUACUGGAAGACCCAGGUAA